AUGUUUCCCGAUUACUCGUUUGUCGAGAGAGCUGUGAUCGAGUCAUGGAUAUGGUUAUGGUUUUUCCACCGGAUAUGGUCAACUGACAAAUUCAAAACUUUAGAGUGGAAACGACUAAAAAAUUUCGAACUAAAGUCAUUUAUGACUUUAUUAAUGUUUAUCAUGCUACCUAUGCAGGCCAUCCUUGACGGAGUAUGUACUGCAGUUAAAUAUGAAGAAGGUCUCGUACCUGUUUCUUUUGCCGGCUCCUGUUCGAAUCAUGAAAAUAUUGUUUCAAGUAAUACCCUACUGGUUCCAAAACCGUAUAAAUGUUGGUCUCCUACGAAUCUUCUUCUUAAAUCGAUAACGGACUAUGCGUUUUGCGUAAUUUUUGCUUUCCAAACAGGAACUUUGUUCCUUAUACAAUCUUUUUGGAGUUAUAUGGCUAAUCAAUGGGGUGGAAAACCAUUCAUGAAUUCAUGGGAAUUCCGUAUUUAUAUUGCGUGGGGCCUCAUAUCCAUCAUACUUUUUCCAGGUACAACAUGGUUAAUAGGACAUCUCAAACCUCCUAGUUAUAACGUGAUUGAG